CGAUAUCCUCCCACAGAGCGGGGAGACAUGCGACUUGCACGAACACUUUACGUGAAAUGGGAAGCUAAUAAAAAGAAACUUUAUUUUGAAAGACUCUUUUGAUCCACCAAGGAGAGGGCCACAGGGUUGCUCAGCCAGCCCUGUGUGAUGUGGCAGGCCCUCCUAUGGGGAAUUAAUAAGCAGUUUUACAAAAAGAAAGGGACGAUACUAGAAUCAUCUUUGACCUGUGCAUUUGGAAAUAAUAUUAUCUACUGAGAUACAGAAAAGUCAAAAUCUUUUUUUCAAAACAAUGAAUUUCAUAAAGGAGAAUAGUCAAGACCUCAUUCAAAGGAUGGGAAUGACUGUUAUAAAGCAAAUUGUGGAUGAGCUAUUUGCAUGGAAUAUUCUGAAUUACGAAGAUGUCAUUUACUGUGAGAAGGUUGAGCAGGACGCUGCAAGAGGGAUCAUUCAGAUGAUACUGAAGAAGGGUUCAGAAUCCUGUGACUUCUUUCUCAAAUCCCUUGAAAAGUGGAACUAUCCUCUGUUUCAGGACUUGAAUGGACCAAGUCUUUCUCGGCAGAUGUCAGAAGAAGUCUUAGAUGAUUUGGCUCAGAAUUUAAAGUAUUUAUAUGGCACUCCAUCUUUUCUGAACUUAUAUCCCCUGGGUGAAGACUUUGACAUUAUUUUUAAUUUGAAAAGCACCUUCACAGAACCUGUUCUCUGGAGGAAGGACCAUCACCAUCACCGAUUAGAGCAGCUGACCCUGGAUGGUCUGCUAGACACUCUUCAGAGCCCCUGUAUCAUUGAGGGGGAAUCGGGAAAAGGGAAGUCCACUCUGAUGCAGCAAAUUGCCAUGCUUUGGGCUUCUGGAAAGUGUGUGGCUCUCACCAAAUUCAAAUUAGUCUUCUUUGUCCGCCUGAGCAGGGCCCAGGGUGGGCUCUUUGAAACUCUGUGUGAUCAACUCCUUGAUAUACCCGACACCAUCGUGGCCAUGCUGCUGAAGCUACGGCAGAGGGUUCUCUUUCUCCUCGAUGGCUACAAUGAAUUCAAGGCCCAGAAAUGCCCAGAGAUCGAAGCCCUCAUAAAAGAGAACCACCGUUUCAAGAGUAUGGUCAUUGUCACCACCACCACUGAGUGCCUGAGACACAUCAGGCAGUUUGGUGCCCUGACUGCUGAGGUAGGGGAUUUGACAGAGGACAGUGCCCAGACUCUCAUCCGAAAAGUGCUGAUGAAGGAGCAUGCUGAAGGCUUGUUGCUCCAAAUUGGGAAAUCCAGAUGCUUGAGGAACCUGAUGAAGACCCCUCUCUUUGUGGUCAUCACUUGUGUAAUCCAGAUGGGGGAAAGUGAGUUCCACUCCCACACACAAACUACACUGUUCUGCACCUUCUAUGACCUGCUGAUACAGAAAAGCAAGUACAAACUUAAAGGGGUGGCUGGAGAUGACUUCACUCAGAGCCUGAACCACUGUGGAGACCUAGCUCUGGAGGGCGUGUUCUCCCACAGGUUUGAUUUCCAACUGGAGGACAUGUCCAGUGUGAAUGAGGACAUCCUGCUGAGCACUGGAUUCCGCUGUAAAUACACAGCUCAACGGUUCAAGCCAAAGUAUAAAUUCUUUCAUAACUCAUUCCAGGAGUACAUAGCAGGACGCAGACUCAGCAAUUUGCUGAAGUCUCAAGAGCCAGAGGAGGUGACCAAGGGGAAAAGUUACUUGCAGAAAAUGGUUUUCAUUUCAGACAUUACAUCCAAGUACAGCAACCUGCUCCUGUACACGUGCGGGUCAUCUACUGAAGCCACCAGGACCGUUCUGGAACACCUUGCAGCGGUGUGUCAACAUGGCAGCCUCCGUGGGCUCUCCAUCACCCACAAGCCUCUCUGGAAGCAGGAGUCUGUGCAAAAUGUGAAAAACACCACCGUGCAAGAUACUCUGAAAGCCAUAAACAUCAAUUCCUUUACGAAGUGUGGCAUUAAUCUAUUCCAUGAGUGUAUAUCCAAAUCAGACCUGAGUAAAGAAUUUGAAGCUUUCUUCUGUGGCAAAAGCUUAUAUAUCAACUCAGAGAACAUCCCCGAUUACUUAUUUGACUUCUUUGAACACUUGCCUAAUUGUGCAAGUGCUCUGGACUUCAUUAAACUAGACUUCUACGGAGAAGCUACGGCUUCGAGGGAGAAGACCACAGAAGACACAAGCAGGACUCAGGAAGGGUCCUCAGAAACUUACAUUCCCAGCAGGGCUGUGUCUUUGUUCUUCAACUGGAAGCAGGAAUUCAAGACUCUGGAGGUCACACUCCGGGACUUCAGCAAGUUGAAUAAACAAGAUAUCAAAUAUCUGGGAAAGAUAUUCAGUUCUGCUACAAACCUCAGACUGUGCAUUAAGAGGUGUGCUGGCGUGGCCGGAAGCUUUAGUUUGGUCCUCCCCACCUGCAAGAACAUUUAUUCUCUCAUCAUGGAAGCCAGUCCCCUCACCAUAGAAGAGGAGCAGCACAUCACAUCUGUGACAAACCUGAAAACCUUGAGUAUUCAGGACCUACAGACCCCACGGCUGCCAGGGGGCCUGACUGACAGCUUGGGUAAUUUGAAGAAUCUUACAAAGAUCAUACUAUCCAACAUUAAGAUGAAUGAGGAAGAUGCUAUAAAAUUAGCUGAAGGUCUGACAAACCUGAAGAAGUUGUGUUUACUUCAUAUGACCCACUUGUCUGACAUUGGGAAUUGAAUGGAUUACAUAGUAAAGUCUCUGUCAGCUGAACCCUGUGACCUUGAAGAAAUCCAAUUAGUCUCCUGCUGCCUGUCUGCAAAUGCUGUGAAAACCCUAGCUCAGAAUCUUCACAAUUUGGCCAAACUGAGCAUUCUUGAUUUAUCUGAAAAUCACCUGGAAAAGGAUGGAAAUGAAGCUCUACACAAACUGAUUGACAGGCUGCACAUCCUGGAAGAGCUAGCUGUGCUGCUGCUGCCCUGGUGGAGUGACGUGAGAGUCAGCCUGACCAGGUUGUUGGGGCAACUGGAGGGGGCCCUGCAGCUCGUCAAGCUUGGGCUGAAAAACUGGAGACUCACAGAUGCGGAGAUUAGAAUUCUAGGUGGAUUUUUUGAAAAGAACCCUCUGAAAAACUUCCAGCAGCUGGGUUUGGCAGGAAAUUGUGUGAGCAGUGAUGGAUGGCUUGCCUUCAUGAAUGUAUUUCAAAAUCUUAAGCAAUUAGUUUUUUUUUACUUCAGUACUACCAGACUUUUACCUGACGCAGCAUUAGUCAGGAAACUUGGCCAGGUGUUAUCUAAAUUAACUUUUUUGCAGGAAGGUAGGCUUGUUGGGUGGCAGUUUGAUGAUGAUGAUAUUAGUGUUAUUAAAGGUGCUUCUAAACUAGUAACUUAAAUAAAGCCACCGUAAGCCUAUGAAUGCUCCAGGGACCCCAUUACUUUCAGCCUGGUGACCUAAAAAUCUUUGCUCAUCCAGUGCAAGAGUCUGAAGGUAUAUGGCAGUCCAUUAUAUAACCUAAAAAAUUAUCCUUCUUGGGGGCCCUGGAUGGCUUAGUUGGUUAAGUGUCUGACUCUUGAUUUUGGCUCAGGUCAUGAUCUCAUGGUUUGUGAAAUCAAGACCUGCAUCGGCCUCAGUGCUGAACGUGCAGCCUGCUUGGAAUUCUCUCCCUCGCUCUCUGCGCCUCCCUGCUCACACUUUGUCUCUCUCAGAAUAAACAUUAAAACAAAAAUUAUCCUUCUCAACAGUGUCUGCCUAACUUGCUCUUUCCAAACUCUGUCUUCCUUUCAUGACCUCUGAGGCUGGCCUCUUCUACAGAAAUGUGCUUCCUUAGUUUCCUUUUUCAAAAAAAGAAAGAAAGAAAGCAGAUAAAAGGAGAAUACAAAGAAAAUGAGCCCAUAGAAGAGGAGGAAGUGGGAGGCAUUUCAUCUGACAACAUGAGCUAUCAUUCUGUGUCUCAUCACAAGUAGGAUUACCACGUACCUCAAGUGCUAUCACUUAUCCAUGCAUUCCCUUUGAUCUCGGGAACGGGUCACAAAAUUUGAUCUAUUAUAUGCACAUUUACUUAGUACAGUGUCUGGCAUGUACUGGAUACUCAACAAGUAUUUGCUGAAUUAAAUUAAAUUACCAACAUAUCGCUACUGAAUAAAGAAACAAGCCAAAAUUAUUUAAGAUCAGAGAGAAAGCUCCAUGUAUGUUCUUUAUUCAAACAGUGUGAUUCAAACAAUUUGGAAUGUAAAAAGCAUUUUCUUAUAUAAGCAGAUUAGACUCCAAAAAGAUCAGCAUUCUUUAGUCAAGGAAAAAACUGGCAGUUCACGAGCAGCUAAAUCAGAGGCUUGAAAUUCAGGACCUCUCCAUUUGCUGAUACAUGUAUGUAAGUCCAACUGUUAUCUUUAGAGAUUAAGGAAGAAAGAAAAAUGUACCCGAUUCUUUUGUACCCAAGGAAGCUAAAGGUACCUUGUCCUAAACUCUUCUCCAAAAACAUCCAAAAUAAUCCUUCCCUACAAAGAAAGAAGUCUAAGAAAAAUCUGCUUAAUCUUAACAGAUUUAAAUCAAGUCUGAAAUAAACAAAAACCUAAAUGGUGUUAGCCUGCAGUUCACCUUCUAUACUCAUGGCAUCUCAAAUCAAUGGCUUGGGUGUUGGUGUAGGUAACACUUGGCCUUUAUGCUGAGGUAGUCACUGAAAGGAAAUUUAGAGUUGAUAGUUUACAGAUUACCUAAUCCAUCCCUGUCCCAAUUCUACAGAUGAUAAAGCUGAGAGAAGUUAACUGACUUGCCCACAAUAACAAAACUACUUACAUAGUGGCAGCAUCAGGAUCAGAAUCGUAAUAUCUUGCCUUCUAGUCUGGUGUUUUUUCCAUUACACUAUGGUGUUUUCUCAGACAGGGUUAAUCAGGCUCCAUACAAC